AUGACUGCUCUCCAGAACCCAAAGGGAAUAGCCAUUGCAUCGAGAAGGGGGAUGGAGAAAAUCAUCUACGACUUCUACUCUGAUCUCUUCGACAGCCAUGUCCACUUGCCUCCUCACCAUCUGAGGGAAGGCGGACAAGUCAUUCCAGAGGUUCUCCCGUCCGAAAUACGACAUGCUAUCAUGUCGGUAAAAAAUCGUACGGCAUCCGCUCCCGACAGAAUAAGACCAGAACACCUGAAGAGCCUUCCGCCAGUACUCAUCAACACCCUGGCGAGGCUCUUUACACGUUAUCUGUCGGAAUGCAGGGUUCCUAAACAGUGGAAGAUCAGCAAGACCGUGUUGUUGUAUAAAAAGGGAGAUCCACAUGACAUCGGCAACUAUCGUCCAAUCUGCCUACUGUCCGUCAUCUACAAGCUCUUUACAAAAGCGAUCCUUAAUAGGAUUGAAAAAGUCUUGAAGGACAGCCAUGCGAGCAAGCAGGGUUUCGAAAAGGAUUCAGCACGAUUGACCACUGUUUCGAAACUUAUCAAGGUAUCACGAGAGUACAAGAUGCCGCUUUGUCUCACCUUCAUCGCCCUAAAGAAGGCCUUCGACUCAGUUGAGACGGAAGCGGUCGUGGAAGCCAUGGACAACCAAGGAGUCCCUACUCAGUAUAUAAAGGUACUUCGAGAGUUGUACAGUAACUUCACGACCGGAAUUUCGUCAUUCUACAAGAACAUCAUCAUUGACAUUAAGAGGGGGUGA